AUGACUGAUAAAGAAAACACAAAUAGUAAUACUUCUGGAAGUUCUGAAGAAUCAUCUUUGUUAUUAUGUGAAAACAAUAGGUAUUCAAACAAGUGCCUUGAGCACAAAAAUAGUGACCUACUUUAUUUCGCAAAAUAUGGCAAACUCAUCAAACGUGGACGUUGUUUGGACCAUCAUAAAAAUAAAUAUGUAGCUUUCUCAGUUCGCGACUUCGUACUGGGGAAUGAUAUUUUUAGUAUUACAAGAUCAAUUGGUUGGCAUGUCGAAGGAAUCAAAGUCGUUGUAAAGGGAAUUUUGAAUGCUUUAUUAUUUUUACAAAAUAAUGGCUUAUCGCAUGGAAAUCUCGACGAUACAACUGUUUUGAUAGAUAAGUUUGGUCAAAUUAAAUGUGCAGAUUUCUUUUUAGUUUCACAAUUUGUAAAUUUGAUAACUGAACCAAAACAAAGAAAUGAGGAUGUAGCUUGCUUAGGAAAAUUAAUAGAAAAAUUAUUACCCGUGCUGCCCUUUGAUUUGAGAAACUUUGUGGAUAAAUGUAAACAUGAUUUUCCUUUAGCUUCAAAUCUCUUAGACCAUCCGUUUUUGAGAAGGCUGUCACUUCAUCAACCAAUAACUCAGUCCAGACUAACAACGGAGUUUGAAAUACUUCAGUAUCACAAAAAGGGAGCUUUUGGUGACGUUUUAAAGGUGCGAAACAUAUUGGACAAAAGAGAAUACGCAAUCAAGAGGAUUCGUUUAUUGACCACAAAUGAACAGCUGUAUGAAAAAAUUAUAAGAGAAGUCGAGCUGUUGUCACGACUCAAUCAUGUUAAUGUUGUGAGGUAUUUUAAUAGUUGGAUUGAGGAAAUGUCCGAAGAACUUGAAGAAUUAGAAAAAUCAGGAUAUAAUUUAAGUCAUAGUACGAAAUCAUCAUCAACAAACGAUUUAACGAACAUAGGAAAAAUACAAUCAAAAAUACAAGGAAGUUUUGCUUUAAGUUGUGAUGAUUCAAAUUCAGAUGGUAUAGAAUUUGUGGAUUCAGAAGGUAAAGUAAUUGCUGAAUAUCAUACAAAGAUUUCGGAUGACGAAGACCAAAAGCAUAAAAUUUUGAAACCUUUAAAUCAAGUAAUGUACAUUCAAAUGGAAUUUUGCGAAAAAUCAACGCUUCGACAAUCAAUUGAUGAUGAUCUAUAUAAAAAUACAGUCAGAUCGUGGCAAUUAUUCCGCGAAAUUCUCGAAGGAUUAUCUUAUAUUCAUCAGCAGGGUAUAAUACACCGAGAUUUAAAGCCAGAUAACAUAUUUUUAGAUUCCAGGGAUCAAAUAAAAAUUGGAGAUUUUGGUCUCGCAACAACGAAUUUCUCACUUUUACAUUCCAACGAUCAAAAUGAAUAUAAUAUUGAUUGCAAAAACAACUACAACAAUUUAGGAACCGGGACGGUGGGAACCAUUUUAUAUAUUGCUCCCGAAUUAACAAGCUGCGAUUCAAAACCAAUUUACAAUGAAAAGGUUGAUAUGUAUACAUUAGGAAUAAUUUUGUUCGAAAUGAGUAAUCCCCCUUUUAAAACCGUGAUGGAGCGCGUUAAAACCAUUACUGCAUUACGAAGUAAAAAUAUCACUUUACCCGAAAAAAUGUUAAAAGAUGCUUGGUAUGAACAAAAUGAGAUAAUUCGCUGGCUUCUUAAACAUGAUUCUUGUCUAAGGCCUACUGCAAAAGAGCUUUUGAAUUCAAAUUUAAUGCUUCAAGGGAAUUUCAAAGCAUAUGUUGCAAGUGAAGCUAAUUUUGUAUAA